AUGGAACUUCACGGAGCUCUAGUUGCUAGUCCGGGCAUGGGCCAUUUCGUACCCAUCCUAGAACUCGGCAAACAUCUCCUGAACCACCACGGGUUCGACCGUAUCACCGUCUUCCUAAUCACAGACGAUGUCCCACGGUCGAAAUCCCUAGUUGGAAAAACGUUAACGGAAGCAGGUCCCAAAUUCGUGAUCAGGUUUAUUCCACUUGAUGUUUCGGGUCAAGACAUGAGUGGUUCACUUUUAACUAAACUAGCAGAGAUGAUGAGGAUGGCAAUACCCGAUAUCAGGACUGCAAUUAUGGGGCUAGAGCCGCGGCCUAGGGUUUUCGUAGUUGACUUGUUGGGCACAGAAGCUUUAGCUGUGGCUGAGGAGCUUGAGAUCACGAGGAAACAUGUUCUGGUUACUACCAGUGCUUGGUUUCUAGCUUUCACGGUUUAUAUGGCGAGUCUUGACAAGGGUACAUUGUUUAAGCAUCUGAGUAGCAUAGGAGCAUUGCCUAUACCGGGAUGCAGCCCGGUUAAGUUUGACAAGUAUAUGUUUAUAUAA